CAUGUAGCUAGUCGUCAUUAUUGUGUUCUUUUGAAGUCAUGCGGAUAAUACUCUGAUCAGAAAACACCCCAGUGUGAUUAAUAACUCCCAAAGUCUGUUUCAUAACCAGGUUACUAACAGUUAUAGAGCUGAAACAUAAUCUGGACAUCUUCCUUGUCUUCCAUCCUUGGAUAAUGGUCUAAAUGAGCUGCAUCUAGGAUUUUGAGCCAUAUCUGUAUCAGCAAAUGAUGAAGAUUCAUCUUAGGUCCUAAGGUAUCCCAACCAUGACAUUAUCCUGCUUCUAAAUCCCUUGCCCUGAGGAGCAAACCCAACCCAGAAGCAUGCACGCACUGCCGACCUCCACUCAAGAGGGGGCACUGCUGGUAGAAGAUUUUGGUGAAGGGGGUGUGCAUUAAUCUUGCCAUGGAUGACUUCACUACACGCACCUAUGGCACCAGUGGCAUGGACAACAGACCUCUGUUUGGGGAGACAUCAGCCAGGGAUAGAAUCAUCAAUUUAGUAAUCGGUGGACUGACAACUUUACUUGUUAUUGUGACCAUAAUUAGCUCAUUUGUCUUCCCCUCACUGCCUCCCAAGCCAUUGAACAUUUUCUUUGCUGCCUGCAUCAUGCUAGUCUGUGGGUCAGUGUUGGUUUUGAUAUACUGGUAUAGGCAGGGAGAUUUGGAGCCCAAGUUUCGCAACUUGAUCUACUACAUGCUCUGUUCCAUCGUUCUGUUGUGUAUUUGUGCCAACUUGUACUUUCAUGACGUGGGACGAGACAAGCGGAGCGAUGCCUUAUAAAACUGUUACCAUGGGAGCCGUCCCGAUCACAGGAAUGUUCAUCAUUAUGUGGGCACUGUGGAACCCCACAUAACCACACCUGAGUUCUUGAAUCAGGAGAAUUUGUUUUCCUACAAGACGCCCCAUUUGUGGGCAGGGCCAGUCUGCCUUUGGGAGCCAUGUUAGUGGACUUAACAUAUUAGAGAUGCAAAUGUGUUAAUGAUCAGUAGCACUCUGGGAUGUCAUGCACAAGUUUUACACCCUGAAUGCUGCACACAUCUUACAAACCUAUAUGCCAAUGUUUUAAAAACAAUCAGUGGCAGUGUAAUGCAUAAUGCUUUUAUAUUUGUACAUGACACACCUAUGGUACAUUCCUAAUUGAGAUUUGUUAAUUUUGUAUAGAAAUGAUUAGAAAAGCAGUCUUGAUUAAAUCAGAGCACUUGAUUUAAGGACUGUAAGCAGAGUAAUUUUACUGUAAAUGCUGCUUUUUUGUUCUUUUUCUAAAUUAUGGCACACUGUGAUAUGGUGAAAACCUUAAAAUUAUGGUCAUCGGCCAUUUGUAAUUUAAUUUGUAUGUAAUAAAUAAAUACAUAUUCAUUAUGCA